GUACAACUGUGAAAUUUCGCAGUUUGGGAUCUAUCUAGCUUAGUUGCACAUAAAAAAACUCUAACGAACCACAAGUAAAAGAAAGAUAAAAUAAGAUUAAAAUAAAAUAAAAUAAAAUAAAAUAUAGGUGAAAUCUAGUGGGGAAAAAAAUAGAAAACUGUACAAGAAGUAGAGACGGAAGAAUCAGAACCAACAGAUAUAAAAACUCUUUUGUGCCAUUCUACUUUAUUGUAUAAAUAUCCAUAGAUAACACCCACUGUUUACUGCUUUUUAUUGUUUUCAACAAUGCCUGAAAAGUAAGCAAUCUUUUUAUCGUGUGUGUGAUUGUAUAUGAUUUGUACUAUUCUAUCUGCUGCACAACAUUGGGGGACAAUAAUGUAAUCUGAACUACAAAACUACUAUGUAAAAUGUGGAUGUAGUAAACCCUCCUAUCCUGCAGGCGGAAGUAAUGCGCCCAGUGGCACCAAACCUGACAACAACACCACAAAUAACAAGGCGAAGAAGAAGAAAGAAACCAACUGCUCGUCUCAUUCAGUUUCUAUUCUCUCCAGUUUCGUUUGGAUUUAAACGAAAGAGGUGAUACCAGUCUGCGUCUGUAGGCAGCAACAAUGCUUACUUGUGACAUAUGCGGUGAAGUGGUUAUGUUGGAAGAGGAUAUGAAGACGCAUCUCCUCCUGAGCCACCUGGAAAACGACAUGUGCUGUCCUCUGUGUUCCCUGUCCGGAGUGUCCUAUGAUGAACUCUGUUUCCACAUCACAUCUGCGCAUCCAGAGGAGCAGCGCGGAGUCCAGGGCCAACGGGAUUUCACAUCCAGUUCCGGCCGCUCCGCUGGAACAAACACCGGUGGGAGCGAGAAGCCAAAAACAAAAACUCUGUCCUGCUUGGCUGCGGCCAGCUGUGAUACAGCUGCUGAAGAAACACCCACAUGCGUCACUCAGAAGUCUCCCAGGAGCAGUAAUGAGGACAAUCACGGCGUCAGAUCUGAGCACAAACCAAAACAUCCACAGGCUUCACCCAGAAGAGAGAAGCUGUUCUCCUGCCCCAUGUGUCCAUUAGUGUGCAGUAGCCCUUUCAUCCUGCAGGAGCAUAUUGAGGUUCAUCUGCAGGAGCAGAGCUCAGCUGAAGAAAGCCUGGACUCUGACCUGAAGCUGGCCAGGCAGCUCCAGCAUGAGGAGGAGCAGAGGAGGAGGCAGGAGGAGGCCCAGCAGGAGAGAGAGGAGUUCAAGAAGCUGCAGAGGCAGUUUGGUUUGGAUGGCAGGGGGGGCUACCGCAGGCAGACGGAGAGGACGAUGGAGGGAGCUGUGGCCAGAGGCGUCAUGACCCCUGCAGAGUUCCACUGUAAGAGGGCGGAGAUGAUGGAGAUGAUGGCGUCGGGGGUGGACGACGGCAAAACCAGGACACAAGGCGUGACCAGAGCCUUGUACGAUCACUACCAGGCCGAGUGCAGAGACCUCGUCCAUGUGUGGCUGAGCGCUGACACCGACCACUUCUGCUCCUCAGCGGGGGACAAAGGCUGGGGCUGUGGAUACAGAAACUUCCAAAUGCUUCUCUCCUCGCUGCACAGACUAGACGCGUAUUCCCCGCUGCUACAAGAGAACACAAUACCCAGUAUUCCUCAGGUGCAGAGUAUGGUCGAGAAGGCUUGGAAAGAAGGACUGGACCCGCAAGGUGCAUCCCACUUCAACCAGCGGCUGCAGGGAACACGAGCCUGGAUCGGCGCCACUGAGAUCUACGUCCUCCUUACCUCACUGCGAAUCAGUGCCCGCAUUAUCGACUUCCACACGCCAACGGGCCCCGACGACACCCAUCCCCGGCUGUUUGAAUGGGUGAAACAGUACUUCUGUCAGUCCAGCAGUGGCACCAGACUGCCACCUCGACUCAUCCAGACCUCCCUGCCGCCACUUUACCUGCAGUACCAAGGUCACAGCUGCUCCAUCGUGGGCAUAGAGCAGAAGAAGAAUGGAAGCCUGUGCCUCUUACUUCUGGAUCCCGGCUUCUCAACAUCAGACACCAGGAAGCUCCUGAGCAGGGACACGGUCUCCACGGCCGUCCGACGCAUGAGGAAGUUCCCCAGAAGCCUGAAGCACAAACAGUACCAGGUGGUGGCGGCACGAGGUGUGUUGUCUGCUGAAGAAAAACAGGUUCGCAUCUUGAACUCCCGGACGUUGUGUGCUGAAAGGAUUCCAUGAACAAGGAGAACAGGAAGUUUUUAGUGUGAUCGUUUACUGAUAGAUGUUAUAAUUUUAGUGUUUUAAUGCUUUAAAUAAACUAUUCUUCACACUCUGGAA